AUGGCCGAUUAUCGGGAUCUGCUCGACUGGUACGAUGACCUAUACUCGCGUACUGUUGACCUCGUUGGCGACUAUGCGGGUGAUGAACUUUUUAUCAUCGAAGGAGACUCCUUGCUUCUCCAUUCCUUUUCAGACGAGAAAAUCGACUUCUCGCCAGGCUUGCAACUGCUUCAUGCGACCUACGUCGUGGAAAACUUCCUGCGUGCCCUUCACCAGCGAAAAUGCAAAUUCCAUGUCGUGUUCUUCAGCAAACAUGCGUGCAUGUGCAUCCCUCAGAAUAUCCCCGGGCACCUUCACUCAAGGUAUCUCCUUGCUCGAGAGGCCAUGAUUCAACACCUCAGCUCCAACCUUCCUCUCAGCGUCCCAUCAAUAGAAGUGAAAACCUUCGACUCCUAUUCGACCCACGACUUUGACGAGUAUUUGGCAUCAACAGGAGCAUACUUCUUCAUGUGCCAUGACGGCUCUUUUCCACGUGCGGACAUUCAAGAUAAAUUCGAGGAGUCUUCAGAAGAUGAUGACGACGAUGGCAAAGAAUCCCCUGCUCCUUUCGAGACACAAGCCAGCUUUGAUACAACCGACCUUUCCGGACACGGUGGAGGAAGACCUGGCAAAGGAAAUGUCAAAGAAAGUCAGCUUGAUCAUGCUCGGAAGGUCGUAUUGCGGCUGAUGAUCCACUGGUUCGUUGGUCAUGGUUACAAUGUUGCUCUCGUCACAACCGUGGAAUUUCGAGACACAAAGGUCAUGGCAAUGAUUAUGGAAGGCUCCAGAAUGCGAGUGAACCAGCUGAAGUGUACACAAAGCCACUUAAGCAACACAUCUCAGAUGGAUGCUGUCCCCAUCGCAGUGCAGGACUUGAAUUCAAACGAAGAGGACGCCCACAUGUCACGAGCAGAAGCCCUGGCAGAGGCUUUGGGGAUUCUAGAUCGCAUGCUGGAGCCACCUCUGACGCAACGGGACUUGCUAAUAGUCGCAACCCUAAGUCUCAUGGUCAGAUCUGGCAAAAACGGUGCCACUUUCGUACUAGAAGCAUGUGCAAUGCUCCUGCAUGCGAUCGUGAUCCGGGACUGUCGCCUUUGUGAUCGAGCGUUGGAUGCCAGAAGCUCUGGUACAAAUACGCGGUUCUUGACGGACUUUGUCGACACAUCCCGCAACAUUCUCAUGUCAGCCGCCUGGCGAGACAGUGUCCUUCGUCAAAAACUACCAUGUGACCUAGCUGAUUUGCUUGAUGGAAGGCUAUUUAUCAACAUUGUGUCCGCGUUUCAGAGGUCUGGUGGUCAAAUCGCUCCCUGUCCCUCAAUGUUCUCGUCAUUUAAAGAACUCACGUCUGUCCUGAAUGACGCCUGCGGUAUCAAUUUGCAGUUUGAGUCAUGGAUCUCAGAAACUCAGUCUCAGAUCACUAUUGAACAACAAGACUUUCGCUUCAACCCAACAGAACCCUGGAGCGAGAACAGAGACUUGACCAUCCUCACAAAUGGAUGUAAAGUUCGGACGACAGUACUCCCUUUCAGCAACCCGGUAUUCGACAACCACCUCAGUCCUAUCCAACUUGCCGUUGAUGUGUCUGUCAGCAAAGCGGGCACAUCACGAAUCUUCAAAGAGCUCAGCCAUUGGCACAAUCAUCAGCAACCCAUCGACCAUAAGGCCGCUCAGGCAGUAACAGAGUGGCAAAAGACGCGUGCUAACCGGCGAAAUCAGCUCUUCAUGACCGAAACUAGGGACUACGCCGCCAGCCUGACUAAUGCGAUCGGAGGUGUUUUCGAUCCUGAGAUUAUCAUUGUAGCCAAGUCAAAAACCGGACCGGGGAAGAAAUUGGGAAGCUCCAGCAGAUCCAAGUCUCUGCAAACCUCAGUCAACGGUGACAAGAAACCGGGCGCUAGAGCCAACGUCAAAGACCUUCCCCCAGCAAGGGUCCGGGAGAAGCAGAGUAAGGAUGCUACUAGGCUGGAGCAAGCAUGGAGUUCCAUGAGAACCGAGUUUGCCAAAGAGCCAAACCUCACAUCCAGAUUCCUCAAGGUCAAGAACUACCUGAAUGGUGUGCCGAAGAACAAGCGAGCGGCAGUGGAAGCUGAAGUGUCGGUAUACUUGCUCAGUAUUUUGGUCGAGAUGUGGACAAAGAAUUGUACGGCUGAAGACCGAUUUCACGCGAUGCCGAUCAUGGGAUUCAUUUGGAGCCAGAUUCUUCACAUCAAAAGAUUGAAACAGGGCAUCACCACCGACAUUGCAGCAUACGUCGCCAAAACUAUCCAGGCCUUUCGUUUGCCAGCCUUGGGAUCGCUUCAAGUACAAGAACCGUACAGCGCGAGCUCGUCAAUGAGCUUGUACAGCCCCAAGCAAGAGGCCCUCGGUACUCAACUAUCGCCUCUGGAAUUCCAGCUCGUUCACGCAGGACCAUUCUUUGAUCGAGACAUGGGCUCCGAGCCGGAUCAUCGGGUGCGUGAUUUUGAGCCAGAUAAAUGGCAGCGAGACGUCCUGGACCAGAUUGAUGCGAAGAAGAGCGUCUUCGUGGUUGCUCCGACCAGUGCCGGAAAGACGUUUAUUUCGUUCUACGCCAUGAAGCAAGUCCUCGAAGCGGACGAUGACGGGGUGCUGGUCUACGUAGCUCCAACCAAAGCGCUGGUGAACCAGAUUGCCGCCGAGGUGCAGGCUCGAUUCUCGAAAAAGUUCCAGUAUCCUGGGAAGUCAGUCUGGGCCAUACACACGCGCGACCACCGGGUCAACAACCCGACCGGGUGUCAGAUCUUGGUGACGGUUCCUCAUAUGCUUCAGAUCAUGCUUCUUGCUCCGUCCAAUGCGAAGACGUGGUCUUCUCGGGUCAGGCGGAUCAUAUUCGACGAAAUCCACUGCAUUGGCCAAGCUGACGACGGAGUUGUGUGGGAGCAGCUACUCCUUCUAGCUCCGUGCCCUAUCAUUGCACUCUCAGCCACUGUGGGAAACCCACAAGAAUUCAGCCACUGGCUGAGCAAGGCUCAGGAGACCAACGGUAUCCAGCUCGAGAUGAUAGAGCACCAUCACCGCUACUCGGAUCUACGGAAGUAUGUCUACAGUCCACCACAAAGAUUUCUCUUCAAUGGCUUUUCAGUCCGUUCACAACUGCCCUCUAUUGGGGUUGACAACGCAAAUGGAAUGAGUUUCAUGCAUCCCGUCGCAAGCUUGGUCGACCGGACGAGAGGAAUACCCGACGACUUAACUCUAGAACCGCGGGAUUGCUGGUUGCUGUUCAACUCCAUGAAAAAGCACCAGACACAGGCAUUCCCCGUUGACGAGUCACUAGACCCUUCAAAUUGCUUGCCACAGAUCGUGCGCAAGGUUGACGUGAUUGAAUGGGAGGCUAAACUCAAGGCGCUCCUGAAGGCAUGGGUAGAGGAUCGCAAGUCUCCCUUUGAGGCGGUGCUGAGAGAACUGGAGCAGCCCGUAAGGAACGCACAACGGCCAGAGAUCCAGAUAUCCUUGGGGAAAGUAAAUGAAGACAACAGACCUCAUCCGGUCCAGGAGACUGACUUCCUAGACACCACGCUGCCUCUUGUCUGUUCGCUCCAUGACGAAGGAGCUCUUCCCGCACUGUUUUUCAACUACGACCGCAACGCGUGUGAACUCAUAUGUCAGCGUCUGCUCCGAGAAUUAGAAUGGGCAGAAGCUCGCUGGAAGGAAGUUAGCAAAACCUGGAAGACUCAGAUCAAUAACUGGGAAACUUGGAAGCUCAACCAGGAGAAACAGAACAAGAAGAAGCCGCCCAAGAAGUCAAAGAAAGGGAAUGCCGACGACGAACCAUCAACACGGGCCGAGCGGAUGCGGGAGGCAGGCUCGGAAGAGUCAAACAUGCUGGAACUGUUCAAUCCCAAUGAUCCAGUCGAUGGAUUCCACCUAGCAAACAUGCAAAGCCUCAGUCGCUCAGAGUUUCAGCAAUAUGCCACUGAGCUCCGGGAGCGUUUUGUGCCGGACUGGCUGAUCGACGCCCUGAGGCGAGGCAUCGGUGUCCAUCACGCAGGCAUGAACCGCAAAUAUCGCCAAGUGUGUGAGAUGUUGUUCCGCAAAGGGUAUUUGCGCGUGGUGAUAGCCACCGGCACACUGGCCCUGGGUAUCAAUAUGCCCUGCAAGACCGUCGUUUUCUCGGGAGACUCGAUCUUCCUGACGGCCCUCAACUUUCGACAAGCAGCCGGUCGAGCGGGGCGCCGAGGAUUUGAUGUCCUAGGCAAUGUGGUCUUCCAAGGAGUCCCAUAUUCAAAAGUCUGCCGCCUGCUGAGCUCGAGGCUCCCAGAUCUCAACGGUCACUUUCCCAUCACUACCAGCCUGGUGUUGCGCCUCUUCAUCCUGCUGCAUGAAUCAAAACAUGCAGAGUAUGCCGUCAAGGCGAUUAAUUCAAUCCUCUCAUGCCCGCGCAUCUACCUGGGUGGUCCAGAGUCGAAACACACCGUCUUGCACCAUCUCCGGUUUUCGAUCGAAUAUCUUCGCCGCAACCACCUGUUGGACGUCUCUGGUGCUCCUCUCAACUUCACUGGUUGUGUCUCUCACCUGUAUUACACCGAGAAUGCAAGUUUUGCCUUCCACGCGUUGCUCAAAAGCGGGUAUUUCAGCAAGCUUUGUGUGGAUAUUCUUGUCAGACCCAACCACGUUUUGCUCACCUUGAUGCUCGUCAUGUCACACCUCUUCGGGCGUCGAUACCUGAGACAAUCUGUAUUGGAGUCGCGCCACGCGGAAUCACGGUGGUCGUCAUCGGUCGUCGUGCUCCCACCUCUACCAAAAGAGGCAGCGAGCACCCUGCUGGCUCACAAUGAUCAAACAUUGGACGUAUAUGCCGCUUAUGUGUCAACCUACAUCGAUCAGCACGUCAAAGAGCCUGACCACUACCUGCCACUCACUGGACUAAAAUGCGGCGGAGACAAGUCAAUUGAUGAGAUCGGCGUGUCUGUAUCUGCUCUUCCCCCGGCCCGUAUCAAUUCGGCUUUUGUCGCUCUCUCAGGCCAUCGAGAUGAGUGGAAGAGCGUCUCUGAGUUGUGUAAGAUGGUUCGCAGUGGUGUCUGGCUAGAGGAGGCCGUAGUCCCGUAUGUAGGCACCUACCCGAAUGAGAGCACCGCUCUCUUAAAUGCUUAUCUUUACGACUUCUUCAAACAUGGCAACGUGGAGGCUCUCGAGAAGGAGAACGGUAUUCGCAAGGGGGAGAUCUGGUUUGUCCUCAAUGAUUUCUCGCUGGUCCUUGCGACCAUCGUGACCAGUUUCCAGAAUUUUCUCAAGCUUUCUCUGCCGACCGGAACCGAGAUGGGGGACAUUAUGGGGUUCGGUGAUAUGCACGAGACGCAACUUGACGACAAAGUCCUGGAAGCCGGUUCAGACGACAAGGGUACACCCAGUGCUCGGGUGUUGCCAAGUCGAGAGAUGCCGACGAAGCAGGAAUCAAUUGUUACUAAAGCGGGAUCCGGCCUUGGGAAGAAGAAGUUGGCUGACAGCUGGGACGACGAAUCGAGUGACGACGGCGAUGUGGCGGAAAUCAAUGGCGCCAUUCCAGAAACCAUGAACGAGGCGGUCAAGGCUGCUAAAUUGGAAAAGAAGCGUCUUACGAUGGGUGCAAGACGUGCGAAAGAAUCGACGAACGAGCCGAUCGCGGAGGAGGAAGUGGCCGAUAUUGAAGGUGGAAACUUGUUGAUGGUUCUGAAGGCGUUCACCAUGCUUCAAGAAGAGUUCAAUCAGAAGUUCAAGGCAAUGUGGGCAUAA